CGCCUUCCCUGCUGGGCGCCCGGCCGGGCGGCAGUGGCGAGGCAAGGCCGGGCGGAGCGAGGCUCGUUUUGCGUGCUGAGCAGCCGAGCUGGGCCGGGCGAUGCGGGCGGCGGCGUUCCGCCUGGUGCUGGCCGGGGCGCUGGCGCUGGCGCUGGCCGUGCCUCGGGAGAGCCGGCCGGCCCUGGAGACCCUGCUGCCCGCGGCCGGAGCGCGCUUCGGCUGGACUAACCUCAGCUGUCCCGCCUGCAGGCUGGUCUUCACCGCCCUGGACGCCAGCAUGCAGUUGGAGACCAGCGUGGAACACCUCCAGCAGCUGGCAGCCAAGGUCUGUGUGACGCUGAAGCUGGCACCCCCCGAGGUGUGUCAGGAGAUAAUCCGUAUCUUUGGGCAAGACAUGGUGACCGCCUGGGUCCGCUCCAUCCUACGCCCGGCUGAGAUCUGCGGCCUGCUGGUGGGCACCCAAUGUGGCCACUGGGACAUCUACUCCAGCUGGAAUGUCACCCUGCCCAAGACCCCCAAGCCACCCUUGCAGCCUCCAGUGCCCCCUCCACCCGGUGCCCCCACGGCCCGCCUGCUCUUCCUGACGGACCUGCACUGGGACCAGCAGUACACCCCAGGCAGCGACCCUGACUGCAAGGACCCCCUCUGCUGCCGGGGGGGGCAGCCGCGGGGCCCCGAGGCUGGCUACUGGGGCUCCUACAGCAAAUGCGACCUGCCCCUCCACACCCUCGAGAACUUGCUGCAGCACUUGGCAUCUGCAGGGCCAUUUGAUGCCGCUUACUGGACAGGCGACAUCCCAGCCCACAACAUCUGGCAACAGACGCGCCAAGACCAGCUGCACGCUCUCACCACCAUCACUGGCCUCAUCCAGAAAUACCUGGGGCCGCUGCCCGUCUACCCAGCAGUGGGCAACCACGAGUCGGUGCCCGUCAAUGCCUUCCCCCCACCCUACGUGCCUGGGAACCAGUCUUCUGCCUGGCUGUAUGAUGCCAUGGCUGACGCCUGGCAGCAGUGGCUGCCCCCCGAAGCCUUGCACACCCUGAGGCUGGGGGGCUUCUACACCGUCCCCAUUUGGCGGGGCCUCCGCCUGGUUUCCCUCAACAUGAACUUCUGCUCUGAGGCCAACUUCUGGCUCCUGAUCAACUCCACUGACCCGGCAGGGCAGCUUCAGUGGCUGGUGGGCAUCCUACAGAGGGCGGAGGAAAGUGGUGAGAAGGUCCACAUUAUCGGCCACAUCCCGCCCUCCCACUGCCUGCGGAGCUGGGGCUGGAAUUACUACCACAUCAUCAACAGGUUUGAGGGCACGGUAGCCGGGCAGUUCUUUGGCCACACCCACCUGGAUGGGUUUGAGAUCUUUUACGAUGAGGAGACCAUUUCCCGGCCGGUGGGCAUUGCCUUCCUGGCUCCCAGUGUUACCACCUACAUCAAACUCAACCCAGGGUACCGGAUCUACCACGUGGACGGGAUCCGCUCUGGCAGCUCCUACAUGGUCCUUGACCACGAGACAUUCAUCUUGAACUUGACGCAGGCGAACCAGCCUGGUGCCGUGGCUCGGUGGCAGCGCCUCUACGGGGCCCGGGAGACUUAUGGGCUGCCCGUCGCCUUCCCGGAGGACUGGAACCGACUCCUGGACCGCCUGCAGGCCGAUGAGCGGCUCUUCCAGCACUUCUGGUACUUGAGGUUCAAGGGCCACCCACCCGCCAAGCCCUGCGGGGAUGCCUGCAGGAAGGCCACGCUCUGCGCGCUCCGCACCGGCCGGGCAGCUGAUCCCAAACUCUGCCAGACCCUUAAGCUGCCCUUCCCAGAAAUCCAGGCCUGGUGGCGGCAACAGCGGUUCUGCUAGCUGGGGGGCAAGUUGAGACCUUGGAGUUCCAAGGGGCGCAGUGGCCUUGCCCUCCAUCAGGCUCUGUGGGCAUGGGCACAACAUGGUGUCCUUUCUCUUGGGCACAGACAAGCCCCUCAGCCCUCCAAAUCACACCCCUGAGAUGCGGAAAAGACCCGGCCAUGGCCCCUAAGAGAGGGUGGGGUGCCCUGGCUGCCCUCUAUUGCUUGGCAGCUUCUCCCCUUCCAGCC